CCAUCACAAGUUCACAAGUUCAAUCACAACAACAUCAUCUGACCAUCUCUUCAGUUUCCCCCAAAAAUAUUACUACUAGCUCGAAUGGCAUCCCAAGUCGUUGAGGCCCACCGCGCCGCCGCAGCGAUCGUCCGCGGCGACGACGCGGCCUGCAGGAAGAAGUCAGUGGAGGCGCUGGAGGAGCUAGGCCUGCCCACGGGGAUCCUUCCGUUAGAGGACUUGGAGGAGUUCGGGUACAACCGUGAGGCCGGCUUCAUGUGGAUGGUGCAGAGGAAGAAGAAGGAGCACACCUUCAAGAAGGUCAAGCAGACCGUGUCCUACGCCACAGAGGUCACCGCCUUCGUCGAGCCCGGGAAGCUCAAGAAGAUCGUCGGCGUCAAGACCAAGGAGCUCUUCAUCUGGCUCUCCGUCGUGGAGGUGUACGUCGAGGCGUCGGCUCCCGGCAAGGUCACCUUCAAGACCGGCGCGGCCGGCCUCUCCGAGUCCUUUGAUGCCGCUGCCUUCGCCCUGGGCGAGUGAGGAUCGGCUGCAUACCCUGCAGUUGACGGGAUGUCUGCUUUCGAAGUCACUAGUUAAUUCUGCUGGCUACCCAUAACAGCAGAAGCCUGAUGUUAGUUGUGUGAUGCUUGUAACUUUUUUUUGGACCAAGUGUGUGAUGCUUGUAACUUUGUAAGCUGUUUUUCUUGUUCCGUGCUUGAAUGAAUAAGAUUUCGGUUCGUAAUA